AUGAUCGCGGGGGUUAUUCGGUAGGCGGGACUUCCGGACGGAAGUAUAAACUGCGGCCUGGCGCGUGUGGUUUGAGGUAGCAGCGUUCGUGUAUUCACAUCUGAAGUGCACCGUAACCUGAAGCAUGGCUGAGAAUGAUGUUGACAACGAGCUGUUGGAUUAUGAAGAGGAAGAGGAACCUCAGGGAGCCCCAGAGAGCACAGCCCCAGUGGGCAAGAAGGACGUGAAGGGCUCCUACGUCUCCAUUCACAGCUCCGGCUUCAGAGACUUCCUGCUCAAACCAGAGUUACUGCGAGCCAUCGUCGACUGUGGUUUUGAGCAUCCGUCUGAGGUGCAGCACGAGUGCAUCCCACAGGCCAUCCUCGGCAUGGACAUCUUGUGUCAGGCUAAGUCUGGUAUGGGAAAGACGGCUGUGUUUGUACUCGCUACCCUACAGCAGAUCGAGCCUGUGGACGGACAGGUAUCCGUGCUGGUCAUGUGUCACACCCGUGAACUGGCCUUUCAGAUCAGCAAGGAGUACGAGCGCUUCUCCAAAUACAUGCCCACAGUAAAGGUGGCCGUGUUCUUCGGUGGAAUGUCCAUAAAGAUCGACGAAGAGGUUCUGAAGAAGAGCUGCCCGCACAUCGUGGUGGGCACGCCCGGCCGAAUCCUCGCCCUGGUCCGAAAUAAGACCCUUAACCUAAAGAACGUUAAGCACUUUGUUCUGGACGAGUGUGACAAGAUGCUGGAGCAGCUGGAUAUGAGACGUGACGUUCAGGAUAUCUUCAGACUGACCCCUCACGAGAAACAGUGUAUGAUGUUCAGCGCCACCCUCAGUAAAGAGAUUCGACCCGUCUGCCGCAAGUUCAUGCAGGAUCCAAUGGAGGUGUUUGUGGACGAUGAGACAAAACUGACCCUUCACGGUCUCCAGCAGUACUACUGCAAACUGAAGGACAGCGAGAAGAACCGCAAACUCUUUGAUCUGCUCGAUGUCCUGGAGUUCAACCAGGUGGUGAUAUUUGUGAAGUCUGUGCAGCGCUGUGUGGCUCUCUCACAGUUACUGGUAGAGCAGAAUUUCCCAGCCAUCGCCAUCCACCGAGGAAUGGCACAGGAGGAGAGGUUGUCACGAUAUCAGCAGUUCAAAGACUUUCAGAGGCGAAUUCUAGUGGCCACAAACCUGUUUGGGCGAGGAAUGGAUAUCGAGAGGGUCAACAUCGUCUUCAACUACGACAUGCCUGAAGACUCAGACACAUAUCUGCACAGGGUGGCUCGUGCAGGUCGAUUUGGCACAAAGGGUUUGGCCGUCACCUUUGUUUCCGAUGAAACCGAUGCCAAAAUCCUCAAUGAUGUGCAGGACCGGUUUGAGGUCAAUGUUGCAGAGUUACCAGAGGAGAUUGACAUUUCCACUUACAUUGAACAGUCCAGAUGAAGGUCUUGAAGUUCCAGUGAAGCACCAGCUGUUGGGUCACGGCCUCCAUUUUAAAACUUUUACCUCAAACCCACACUUGUUUUCAACGUUUUUUUUUUCUUGGGGUGUUGGCCGAGAUGUCUUUUGUUUGUUUUUGAAAUGUUUUUGUUUCGGGUUUUAAUGAUAUUAAAACUUUUUAUACUAUAA